CGGCCCUAGCCACUUGCCCCAGCUGUGCCGCGAUCUGCAGCCGCACCCCUCCCGAGGGGCAGCUGUACGAAUCAGCUUUCAGGAGACUCAGGCGCCGCUUCCCCUGGCGCGCCCCAUCGGACUAGCCGCCCAGUGCCUAGAUGCUGCCAUAGAGAUGCAGCUUCGCGCUCUGGGCCGGGCGCCCGCUAGCCCGGGCCUGGCAUCCCAACUCUCCGAGCUGCUGCUGGCACUUCCCGCCUACCAUGGGCUGCAGGGGAAAGUUUUGAGCCGUGUCCCAGGGGCUGCGCGCCCUUUCCCUCCGGCCCGUGUGCUCCGCCUCUUGACGGGGGAGCGGGGUUGCCAGGCGGCAAGUCAGCUGGAAAAGGCGCUCAGGGGAUCAGGGUUGCGAGACCAGCUCCGCAGGCGGUGCCAUGAGGAACGGGAGCUGCUCCCAGGGCUGUUUGUCCUGGUGGGGGGCGUGGCGGGUUCAGGAAGCCAUGGACAGGGGCUUGGAGGGGCUGGAGCCCUGUGGAGCCAAUAUUGGACCCUACUGUGGGCAGCUUGUGCUCAGAGUCUGAACCUAAAUCUGGGACCCUGGAGGGACCCCAAGGCAGCAGCACAACAGCUGAGUCAGGCACUGGGUCAGGCAUCCCUGCCUCAGGAGUGUGAGAAGGAGCUGGCUAUUUUGUGUCACAGCCUACUUCAUCAGUCUCUGAUCUGGAGCUGGGACCAAGGUUUCUGCCAGGCCUUGGGAUCAGCUCUUGGGGACCAGAGCAGCCUUCCCACAUCCUCUCCUACUGCUGAACUUCUCCAACAGCUCUUUCCUCCUUUCUUGGAUGCCCUCCGAGAGUCCAGAUCACUGAUCUGUCGGCCUCCAGGUCCUGCACCUAUCGCCCUGGGGCUCUGCACCCUGCAGACCACCUUGCUCUGGCUCUUGGGUAGAGUUCAGCAGCACCUGGAAGCAUGGAUCCCAGGUUCCUUCCUACUCCUGAUCCAAAAAGACUUACCUUCUCUACUGCAUGAGGCAGAAGCCCUGGCUAGCCUGGCCUUGGAGGGAAGCUUAGCUCUGGAGGUGGAGCAGCAGCUGGGCCUAGAGAUCCAGAAGCUGACUGCACGGAUCCAGCUCCUGCCUGAAGAAUCACUAAGUCUCUUUUUUCAAGAGUGUCAUAAACAAGCCACACAGGGCUUCAAGCGCUACAUGCCACAGGGUCGAUACUGGCGGCUUCGUCUUUGUUCUGAACUGCCCAGUGUUCCUAGUGAGUAUGCUGGAUUAGUGGUCCGCACUGUACUGGAGCCAGUGUUACAAGGAUUGCAGGGAUUGCCACCCCAAGCCCAGGCCCCUGCCCUUGGUCAGGCGCUGACAGCCAUCCUGGAUGCCUGGCUCAACUAUAUCCUCGCCCAUGGGAUCCGGUUCAGUUUGCAGGGGGCGCUGCAGCUCAGGCAAGACUUCGGCGUGAUCAGGGAAUUGCUGGAAGAGGAACAGUGGAGCCUGUCGCCAGAUCUUCGCCAGACUCUGCUUAUGCUCGGCAUCUUCCAGCGGCUGGAUGGGGCCCUGCUGUGUCUGCUGCAGCAGCCCAUGCCCAAGUCUUCGGUCCACAGGAGGCCUUCUUGUUGCUGUGCUCGUCAGGAGGUCCAGACCACUGAACUGCCCAGCAUCAGCCACAAUAGCUUGGAGAGCUGGGAGCCUGCUCUUCGGCCUGGAGCAUUCCCAGUUCAGACUCAACUGCUAAGCACACUGGGGGAAGGGGGACCUAGCCCCCAGGCCUACUUGGUGGGAAACCAGCAGGCCUGGCUCGCCCUGAGGCAGCACCAGCGUCCCCGUUGGCACUUGCCUUUUCUUUCCUGCCUGGGGAACCAGUCCUGAAUCCUAAGGAACCUGGGACCAGAAGCCAGAAA